AUGAGUCCCGUGGGAGUUUUGCCGGGAGUCUCGACUAGGGACGCUAGGGUCACACUACAGCGCUGUAUCUCGUCUGUCUUAGGGGCUAUGUCUCGAGGAUUAUGGCAUGAAUGUUCUACAUAUACUACUGAAAACGAUCUAAAAGCUUUUGUUCGAGAAAAAAAUGUUUGUAUACAUUGUACUGAAGAACUUACGAGUGGUGUAUCUAUAACAUAUAAAUGUUCAGAAUAUAGAAAAUAUCCACAAUUUUGUUAUCAGUUGAAAUCCAAACAGACAAAUGUUUUUGAAUCUGAAUUACAUGAUCAUAGUCAAAGACAAGAAAAUAAUCGUCUUAAAUCACCAAUUCGUACUGCUGUGCAAGAAACGACAUAUAAAGGUUUAACACAAGGUCAAAUUCGUAAAGCUGUAUCAGUAUUGCAGCCUAAUUUAACAAUUGAUACAAAAAUUAAAAAUGUGCUACAAUAUACACGUCAGCAAACCCGUGCUUUGUAA